UGAUUUUUUUGUAUCAUCUUCGUACAAAUCAAAACUCGUUUGCUACUUAAAUGAGCCAGCCUUUAUUUCGGGCUCAAAGCUGACCAAGCGUUCGGCAGUUCAGAUAGUUUAUAUUCAACCACAGACAGGUCAUCAUGUCUCGCCAAUUUUGCGCGCUGUUGGCGAUUCUCAUCUUCACUUUGGUCGACGGGGCACCACAAACUUCUCCAACCAUCGUUCCGCAAAUUCGCACAAAUGGCUUUCAACUCGAGCCCCUCAAUCAAGAAUACUUUCUCAGAAUCGAACAUCCGGGUGGCACUAUUCGCCAGGAAACCGUGAGCCAGAAUGAAGCCGGUCACCUGCAGGUGAAAGGAGUGAUUAACCAGCCCUUCGAGGAUCAGGGCGCCAAUCUUAUUGUCACCUACGAGGCGGGUCCGAAUGGAUAUGUGGCAAAAUACAGCUACGGCAAGGGUCCUCCAACCCCGCCUCCUGAUACUCCACUGUUCCUCAGUCCCACUGCUCUGAAAACAGCAGCUGGAUGAAGUUUGGCAUUGAUAUUAAGGAGAGAUUAGAACCACAACUU